UGUAGCGCGCAUAAUUUAAUAGCGUUGUAGCCUUAGAGUUAAAUAGCGUUGUAGAGCUAGCUACGUACCGGUACGUACAAAAAAGUAUUAGGCCUAGGUUACCAGUACUUUAGCCCUAUCGAUGCCAGUGAUGGCUGCACAAGUCCAUUUAGGAUUGCCCAAAUUUUGAUGUAAAGCUGGGACCAAAUUUCGGCUAUGUUUUUACGAAAGAAGCGGUGGAGGAAAUGAUAAGGCAUCAUGAGGUGUCAACAUUUUCAUCGUUUACAAUCAAGCAGACGAGAUGCACGCCCGCGCUGCCAAAGAAGGGCCAGGAACGGGGCCAGGCCCAGGAACAGGAGAUAAAGGUGGUCCAAGGAUAUACUGGCAAGAUGUUGCAACCAGUAAAUUUUCAGUGCCUGCUGCAGCAAUCCCUUUUGAUGGUAUACCAUACACCUAUGUAUCAAAGCUGCUAUAUGAGUGUCACCAUGGGAAGGAUUGGAAGGAAAAGCAAAAUAUUCUCAAGCGAGAUCAACGCAAACAGGUGGGAGAACAUGGCUAUGUUGGCACUAAAUCCAGGAGACUCAUCCAACCUACAAAGAAAUAGAAUUGUCCAGCAAAACUUAUUGUCAAGGAAGUUUUUAAAUAUCCAGAUUUCAAGGUACAGGAGGAAUAACCUGAAAGCGUCUUCCAAGUCAAGAAAGUUUAGUACAGAUAUUCCUGACUACCUACACAACCGUCCCUUGUCUGUUAUAAAGUUCUGCAUGGACCAAUUAGAGAGUAGCAAACAAGUAAGAAAGGCAGAUGUAAGAACAGGGGAUGCACCAAAUAGUUACAAGGUACAGAGUAUCAGUAGACAAACUGCAUUCUACAAUGUUAGUUUUGACAAACCAGCAUGUGAUUGUUUCACGUGGAGACGAAACAGGAUCCCAUGUAAACAUUUCUUUGCAGUAUUUACACACACAAAUUCCAAAUGGCAAGAUCUACCAGAAUCAUAUAGGUCGUCCCCAUUCCUAAUCAUUGAUGUCCCAGAUGAUAUCAUCCCAAAAAUGGGGACAUGUCAUGAUUUAUUUCAUGUUCAAUAAAUAUGGUCUUGCAGUAUUUUUCCAUGAAUCGGGAAGAAAGUCUUGCACGAGAACCUUGACCAUUUUACUCAAUGGUAACUUAUACUUUGUCCGUAUGUAUUCAUCUUUGAAUGAACGGUUCUGGCACUCUAUGCCAUUAUUAGUGUUCACACUCAAUAACAGACGUUGCUGCCGAAAUGCCCACGCCCAUCUCUGUGUAUAAAACAAAAGUAUAAGCCAUUGUUACAUUUUACAAUACUGCAAAGCAAAGAGAUAUUUGCUGAAAGGAAAUGUGACUUUCAGAAUCUGUGGUUUUUGGUGGCAUUUAAAUUUCACUAAUUGCAUCAGCACGCCAUUGAAAUCAAUGAACAUUAUUAAUAUUAGAAGCAAAUUAAUUUUGCGAUUAUGGGGUAUUAGCGAAAUUACAUUGCUAGCAACUUUUUCAAAGUAGAGUGCUGAGAUAAACAUCUUCAGGGUUGACAAUGACAGUUAAUUGUAAAAGAUAAGUAGUUAACUCCAUCUGAGGCAUCCUUUAAAUGGGCAAUGUGUAUUUCUAUGUAGUUGUUUUAAUUGCAACAUAUUUGUUUAUAUAAUCUUUUGAGACUGCUUGAAAACACAACAAUAUCCAUAACCACGUAACUACAAAAAAUUAAGACUGUGGAUGAACGUGCCCAAAAGGUAUCAAAUGUACCCACAGGCGAAGGUUUAUUUGAAAGAAAUAAUUCUUAAUGAAUUAAGGUGGUGCUACUGGCUAAGUCAGAACGUACAUUUCUUGUAUAUCAGAAAGUAGUUCUUGAUCUUGAGUCUCAUAACUGAAAGUUUAUUCACAUGCAUAUCAGGUUGUUUGGUAGUAUGCAAGUCUGGAAUAUGAAAUUGUUGCAUCUAGCUGUCCGUUAAAAUUGUAUUUCCAAAAAAACCUAACCGAGACCCAUACAACAUAUAUCUUAUGCAAGAAAUCUAAAGAUUUGAUUAGCCAAUAUGAAAGUAAGUGAAACAUACACCUUUAAGUUGAUAAUAAUAUCUGUAUUUACAACAUUUUCUGUGGAUUAUUACCUACAAACUACAUAUUCUUCUAUUUGUAAAAGGGCCUUUUUUAAACCCUUUGCUUUGUUCACUGUCUUGGAUCUGUCAAUCAUUUGCUCAUACAUUAUAAAGCUCCUAUAUGUGUUGAAGAAUGAUAAAUGUUUCAAGAUGUGAUUGAUGUGGAGUUUUACAUGAAACAGAAGCAAAAUUGUUUGUAACUCCAAGCAAAAGCCUGAUACAUGUAUUACGAGAUAGUAAUCAGCAUUUAGUAUAUAGUUUUCAUUACUCUAUACUAUACUUAAAUACAAGUCUGAAAGUCAGCACAUAUUGAUAAAGGCUAGCUGAAUUGUAGUCAGUCUUUCACAUUUGAACGCGUGUUUUACAUAAAAUAUGAUUUUGAUUUACAUGCUGUAUUUGUAAGUCUUUUCUGUAUGAUUGUGUUAUUAAAACUAUAUUUUGUCAUCCUA